AAAUUGGUACCCACAGAAAUGCCUUAAGUAGUCAAACCUGUUUAUUAGGAGGGGGCGACCCAAAACCUUUGGCAAUAUAAUAUAUAUAAUUAAUGCUUCUUUUAGCGGUUUUAUUUUCUGUAUUUAGGCUGUAUACCAUUAGUUAAUGUAAAGCUUGUUUUAAGCCACCACAGUGUUAUUUAAAACAUAAAUUAAAUAUCCUUUCAUCAAACUUUCAUUUCUGGUUACUUUGUAGUAAUUGUUGGUGGUAAAACAUUUUUGCAUGCUGUAGAUGCACAAGCAUCUAAAACAAAACCUCACGAACCGUUUUGUUAAUAAAAGAUCUUUAAUGGCAUGUUUUCAUAAAAAAAACAAAAAAUCAAUCUUUCAACCCAUUUGGUUCGAUCAAAGAAAGAGAAAUGUGUAACAAACUGAAAUAAAAGAUCAAAAUUAGAACAUAGAACCUGAACGUCAAUAAUGAAUUUAUUUUCUUAUGCUGUGUAAUCGGUAAUACUGGUGUUGUCCGUCUGUAUUUUAAAUGCAGGCUUUUUAGAAAAUGUGACACAGAAGUUAUUUUAUAACUCAUGAAUCUUUAUUUCACCUUUCAUGUGAUAUCAAGUUAUACAUUUAAAUGAACCUCAAGAUUAGAGACAAUAACCCAGUUUAUACCUGGAAAUCCCAAGAAGCCACGUGAUUGGCUGAACAGUGUUGAUUAAUUCACUUUCAGGUGACAUAACUUCCUGUUUACAUUUAAAUGAACCUUAAGGUUAUUUAAUAACUUUGUUUAUAUUUGAGAAUUCUAAGCACCCACAUGAUUGGCUGAACAGUGUUGUUUAUUUCGCUUUCAGGUGACAUCACUUCCUGUUUACAUUUAAAUGAACCUUAAGGUUAUUUAAUAACUUUGUUUAUAUUUGAGAAUUCUAAGCACCCACAUGAUUGGCUGAACAGUGUUGUUUAUUUCGCUUUCAGGUGACAUCACUUCCUGUUUACAUUUAAAUGAACCUUAAGGUUAUUUAAUAACCUUGUUUAUAUUUGAGAAUUCUAAGCACCCACGUGAUUGGCUGAACAGUGUUCUAAAAUACUGUGUCGUUUUGCUGGAAGCCACCACACUCAUGACCUAAAGCACACUGAAGAAAGAGCAUACAGCAUCUUCUCUGAGAUAUCCCUUGAGAUUUUACAAACAAUCACUACUUUUCUCUGAGCAGUUUACUUUCAACACCAUGAAGCGAAGUGCAGAUGGUACCUUCUCUGGUCCAGGCUAUAACCUGAGAAAGAGCAGAAAACCUUCGAGCCCUCUGAAGGAUCCCAACCUGUCUGACAACCUUGCAGUGAUAGCACAUGCAGUCAGCUUGGACCACAAGUACAGCUCCAAGUCUGGUAGCUCUCACUCGACACAUAAACAACUAAAGGGCAUAAAGCUAGAGAACCACUUCUUUAAAAACGCAGCUGUAAUUCCAGAGUUAUCUCCAGUACAUACAAACACUCCAACACAAGCCCAUUUUGUAGCACAUACAGUCAGCUUGGACCACAACUACAUCUCUAAGUCUGGCAGCUCUCACUCGAAACAACUAAAGGGCAUGAAGCUAGAGAAGCACUUCUUUAAUAACGCAGCUGUAAUUCCUGAGUUUUGCCCAGAACUUACAAAGACUCACACCGUAGCCCAUCUGGUGCACACCAGCCCAGAGGAACCUCUUUUAAUCCAUGGGAACAGCACAGAAGACCAUCAAAGAAUGUCUCGUGCUGUGGUGGAUUCUAUGUUAAAGAAAUCCUCUGGCAAGCCUCUUAACUACAGCCUACAGUUAGGGCUUCGUGUGAAGCAACGCCUCUGGAAAACUCUAAACUGCCCCACCAUGCUUGAAGAAGAGCAGCCUGAUGGACUCAUCCAAGUUAAAGAGAUGUUCUCCAGACCAAGCCUAAAGAGAUCUGCCCCUCGUAUAAAUGUGGACAUUAGUGGUGAACCCCUGCCAUACGCACCACAGAGGAAGAGACCCUGCCUGUGACAUCCAUGCAGAUCCUAGAUUAUAUUUAGUGUCUAUAAUGUACAUAGUUCUUGAAUAAAUGUUUGUUCCUUAUAA